AUGUACAGCCCAUGGCUUCCUGACCUGCCUUCACCUCCCAGCCGUGCCCCUACCCUAGCCCGUGCUGUGGGGGAAGGAAGGGGUGAGCUGGCUCCUCUCAGCACUUCCCACAGCCUCGCUUGUGAUCUGCCCACGCUGCCCCAGGACGGGUUUGGAGCUGCUCCCCGUGAUUCUCCCUCCUCCUGCAGGGGCUGCGUUCGCUACCAGGGAGACUCCCGUGAGAUCUCUGCUCAGCCCGGCUCCUCUUGCCAUGGUCAGUCCCAGCUGAGGAACGUGGCCUCUUCUGGUGCCAUUAGGAAGCACCAGAAGAGCCUGUCUGCAUGGUUCAGCCACCAGCCCAAUGAAGAGAGGCAGUUUGGCCCUUCCUUCUCACUGGAUGCCGUCCACGUGGACCCAGUGAUCCGGGAGAGCUCCCUGGAGGAGAUUCUGAAGCCCUCCCCUGAUUUAACCAUCCAGAACCAGCUCCAGCAGCCCUGUAGAAAGGUUAUCAGCCUCCACAACCUCUUUGACGUGGACGCCUGUGGGCGGCAGGUGAAGAACGUGGUGCUCUAUGGCACGGUGGGCACGGGCAAGAGCACCCUCAUCAAGAAGAUGGUGGUGGACUGGUGCCACGGCCGCCUGCCCCACUUUGAGCUGGUCAUCCCCUUCUCCUGCGAGGACCUGUCCCACAGCCACGCCCACGUGUCCCUGCGGCGCCUCAUCACCAAGAAGUACCAGCACCUCCGGGACGUGGUGCCGGUGCUGGAAGCUUCCAACCUCAGGGUGCUCUUCAUCCUCAACGGCCUGGAGCGCCUCAACCUGGACUUCCGCCUGGCUGGCACGGAGCUGUGCUGUGACCCCAACGAGCCCGUGCCACCCUCUGCCAUUGUGGUCAACCUGCUGCGGAAAUACCUCCUGCCCGAGGCCAGCAUCAUCGUCACCACGCGCCCUUCGGCCGUGCGCCGCAUCCCCGGCAAGUACGUGGGCCGCUACGCCGAGAUCUGCGGCUUCUCCGACACCAACCUGCAGAAGCUCUACUUCCAGAUGCGCCUCAGCCAGCCGGGCUGCUCCGGAGAGGAGAGCCAGCACCGCAGCUCGGCGGAGCAGGAGAACCUGGUGGAGAUGUUGUCGAGGAACUUGGAGCGCCACAACCAAAUAACAGCUGCCUGCUUCUUGCCCUCCUACUGCUGGCUGGUGUGCACCACCCUGCACUUCCUCUACUUCACCAGGACGGUUCCUCCCAGCCAGACCCUGACUGGCAUCUACACCAGCUUCCUGCGGCUCAACUUCAGCGGGGAGGUGCUGGACAGCACCGACCCCACCCACAUCUCCAUGAUGAAGUACGCGGCCAAGACAGUGGGCAAGCUGGCCUACGAGGGGGUGAUGUCCCGCAAGACCUGCUUCUCAGAGGAGGACCUGCGGCAGUGCUUCGAGGUGGAGAUGAAGACCGAGAGCGAGCUCAACCUCCUGGAGGUUUUCCGCAGCGACGUCUUCCGCUUCUUCCUCAGCCCGUGCGUGCAGCCGGGCAAGGAGCACACCUUUGUCUUCACCAUCCCCGCCAUGCAGGAGUACCUGGCAGCCCUGUACGUGGUGCUGGGCGAGAAGAAGACCCUGGCCCAGAGAGUGGGGAAGGAGCUGUCAGAGGUCAUUGGGAAGGUGAGCGAAGAUGUGGCUGUGGUUGUGAACAUCAUUUCCAAAGUGCUGCCCCUGCGUUUCCUCCCCGUGCUCUUCAACCUGCUCAAGAUCUUCCCUCGCUACUUCUCCCGGGUGAGCGGCAAGGACAAGGAUGCCAUUGCCCACACCAUGGCAGAGGAGCUGUUCAAAGAGGAGGACUACUACAACGACGAUGUCUUGGACCAGAUCAACUCCAGCAUCCUGGGCGUGGAAGGCCCCAUGCGCCACCCCGACGAGGCCCCGGAUGAUGAGGUCUUUGAGCUCUUCCCUAUUUUCAUGGGCGGAAUCCUGUCCCGCCGCAACCGCGCCAUCCUGGAGCAGCUGGGCUGCUCCAUCAAGAAUCUGGCAGCCUUUGAGAUCGCCAAGGCCAUGAAGAAGACGGUGAUCAGGAAGGGCCGCAAGGGCCUGCCCCCCUCCGAGCUCAUGGACUACCUGUUCUUCCUGCACGAGUUCCAGAACGAGCGCUUUGCAGCCGAGGCCGUCCGCUCCCUCCGUGCUGUCAACCUCUCCUCUGUCAAGAUGACCCCUCUCAAGUGCUCCGUGCUGGCAUCUGUCAUGAGCACCACGUGUCACGAGGUGGAGGAGCUGAACCUGACCUCCUGCAACCUGGACAGCGGCAGCUUGAGGACCCUCUUCCCUGUCCUGCUGCGAUGCAAAGCUCUCCAUUUGCAGCUCAACAGCCUGGGCUCCAAAGCCUGCAAGGAAAUCCGUGACCUGCUCCUGCAUGACAAGUGUGUGGUGAGCAGCCUGCGGCUGGCCAAUAACCCCGUGGGCGAGCAGGGCGCUCGCUACCUGGCCGAGGCGCUGGCCGGCAACCGCUCGCUGACCCAGCUGUCCCUGCUGCACACCUCACUGGGGGACCCCGGCGCCGAGGCCAUCGCCCAGCACCUGGCCCAGAACCAGCAUCUGCAGGAGCUCAACCUGGGCUACAACUCCCUGACGGACACGGCGGCCCUGCGCGUGGUGGAGGUGGCCAAAAGGCACGAGACGCUGGACAAAGUGCAUCUCUACUUCAACGACAUCAGUGAGGAUGGCAAGAGGGCACUCGACAGCCUGCGCAUGGACCGGGACGGCGUCAGGGCUCUGGUUUUCCUCACGGCGGGCACCGACGUUUCCGAUUACUGGUCCCACAUCCUGAACGUGGUGCAGAGGAACCUGCCCUUCUGGGACCGAGAGCGGGUCCGGCAGCACCUCGCCCUCCUCCUGCAGGACCUGGAGAGCAGCCGCAGCCAGACUGCCAACCCCUGGAGGAAAGCCAAAUUCCUGCGAGUCGAGAGCGAGGUCAAGAAAAUGCUGGGGAAACUGCAGGAUGGGAGCCUCUAACCUGCUGCCCAUCCACCAGCCAGGACUGGGCAGUGGAGUGUGUGCCCACCUGGAGAUGCUGGGUGGAUGGUGCUGGGUGCGUGGGGCUCAGCCUCGUCUGCAGGCGAGGCUGAAGUGUGGGAACAGGACAGAAACCAGGCCAGGAGUAAAUGGGACUUGUUCUUCUAGGCUUGUGGAAAGCCAGCCCCUGCACCCUGGCCAGAGCAGUGGCAGGGAGCAGGAUUCAGGCUUGUCUGUGAAUCUUUUGGGAGCA